UGCCAUUGGAAAGCCUCACCAAAAAACUCUCACUCAUAACGUCUUCUUUACCUCAAUUGAUGGAGCUAAGAAUCAAAGCAAGGUUGAAAUUUUAAUUAAGGCCUAGUCUGAAAACCCUAAUAAAAAAGUAUUAUAACGGAGAAUACUUUGCAAACCAUGCCUACAGCAAUAGAAGAUGCCACCACCAGUUCAUCAUCACCUACUAUCCUAGAGGGUUGCUAUUGUCCUUGUCGGCUUAAUCAUUUUCUUUUAGCUUCUUUAAUAUUCGAUCAUUAGAUUCACAUCUUCAACAAGAAAUGUCAUAUCAGUGAGUUUGGCUGGACCAGGUCCUCCUUUCAAAUACGCUUUUUUCUUCAUAUUAGGACUCACUAGUCACUACCCUUAAACAGGAGUGAAUAUUGCCAUGGGAACAAACAGGGAGGAGCAUGGAGGAUCUGGGGUAACUUAUCAGGAAAUGGCAGAAGAAGAUGAAGCCAAGGACAUUCAGAAUGUUUCUGUAGGACCUAUACACAAAUUAAUAGCAGAGAAUCCCAAGUCAAACAGUAUGGUUAUUAAAAAACCACAUGUGGUGAUUCCUCCUCAUAUAAUAGCAGAAGCAAUAUCAAGGAUCCGUGAUAUUGACAUUAGAUGGUCAGGUCCAAUAACACAGAAAGAAAUGGAAUAUGUUGAACAGUAUGUGUUGGCAAAGUACCCUGAAUAUGCUGGCCUAAUAGAAGGAGAAGGGAAUGGCAUAGACUUGUCUAGCUUUAUCAUCAAUGAGGAGCCUUCAGAAGGCAUGUCAGAUGACAGGAAAAAGUCACCAAGAGGGACCUUUAGAGAACCUUUGUUUGGUAGUAAUCUCCCUGAAAUGGAUAGGACCCAGUUGGAGGCAUCAAGAUUACUGGAUAUUCUCACCAAAAAAUCCUCCUUUCCAGGGAGUUUCAUCUCAAUCCCAGAAAUCCAAGCCCAAAACAAGGUUUUGAAGCAUUGUGGGUUGCCUGAUCAUGAGUACCUGGUUCUCUUCACUCCAAGUUACAAGGAUGCAAUGAUGUUGGUGGGGGAGAGCUACCCUUUUGUCAGGGGAAACUACUACAUGACAAUUCUUAGGGAAGAGGAAGACUAUAUCAGAGAAUUUGCUUCUUUUAAGGAAUCCAAGGUGAUUCUGGCACCCAAAACUUGGUUGGAUUUGAGGAUAAGAGGGUCACAGCUGAGCCAAAAUUUCAGGAGGAAGUGUAAGGUUAGCCUGAAAGGGUUGUUUGCUUAUGAAGCAGAUGUGAAUGGGACAAAUCAUUGGGUCUCAGAGGCUCAUAGGAACUACUGGCAUGUUCUGCUUGAUGCCUCUGCAUUGGUGCUGGGAAAGGAUAGGUUUUGCCUUGGCCUUCAUAGGCCUGAUUUCUUAGUGUGUUGUCUUGAUAACACUCAUUCCAAUCCUUCAAGAAUCACUUGCCUCUUGGUGAGAAAGAAAUCUUUUGACACCUCCAAUGCUUCUUCUCAGGCCAAUUGAUGGGUCAGAAUCAGUAAUAGUUGAACUGCAUUGUCUUAACUUGUAUCAUGAACUCGGUUUAACAGUAAAUUUUCAUGGAGUAUUCUGUAGAUUCAAUAAAACUUUUGACACAUACAGAGAAAACCCACUAUGAUUGGUUCAGAUGUAAUUCGGUAUUUGUGUUUGUGAUUGAUUCCUGAUCGUUUGGGCGGUUUAUAUUUUACUAGAAGGUGAAAUUGUGAUCCAUGCUUGGUUUU